GUAAUCUCUACAGCAGGCACAUCCAGAUAGAUGGAGAGAUGUUGGCUAUUCAAGUGCAAGAUACUCCAGGAGUUCAGAUCCAUGAACACAGUCUCCAUUGUAAUGAGCAGUUGAACAGAUGCAUUCGCUGGGCAGAUGCUCUGGUGAUUGUCUUCUCCAUCACAGACUACAAGAGCUAUGAACUACUCAGUCACCUUUACCAUCACAUUCGACAGCUGCAUCCAGGAAACGCAGUCCCUGUUGUCAUUGUAGCAAACAAAGCUGAUCUCUUGCAUAUUAAAGAGGUGGAGCCUCAGCAUGGACUUCAGCUGGCCAACGUGCUGGGCUGUACUUUCUAUGAAGUAUCUGUCAGUGAAAACUAUAAUGACAUCUUCAAUGCUUUCCAUCUCCUCUGUAAAGAAGUCAGUAAACAGCAAACAACCAGCACCCCUGAGAGAAGGAGAACCUCUCUUAUUCCACGGCCUAAAUCGCCCAACAUGCAGGAUCUGAAGAGAAGGUUUAAGCAAGCUUUGUCUGCCAAAGUGAGGACUGUCACUUCUGUUUGACAGCAGAGCUGUUGGGUCUUCCCAAUGUUUAGCCUGAGAUUGAAACCUGGGGUGUUUAACACUGGCACAUCUAGAGUUUGAGGCAGUGUGACAGAAGGAUGGUUCGGGUAGCCUUUUGCAUGGCUGUAGAAGUUUUUAAGCGGUUGCUUAAAAAAGGAGCAGUGGCAGAUUAGUAAAGGAAAAAAAAAAACCCCAACCAAAACUCUUGAAAGUUCUAGGAUGUGACUUGCAGAACAACUAUUUUCAUUUGGAAAAGGAACUUUUCAGUAAAUGAAAUAAGCUUUCAGUUUGCCUCUUCUCCAGUCGGACAGAUUUGGCUUUCAUUUGUGCAGAAACAACCUUUUAGC